AUUACACACACUCUGCUUGCAGAAAUACUUAUCAGGGCUUUAAUGGAAUGGAUCGUGAUUAUGGCCCUGGAUCUUAUGGAGGUCUGGCAUUAAAGGAUAUUUAUCUAAAAAUAAUUCUUUUGAGUGCCAGUAGAGCAUAUGGGAGAUUUUGGAAACGUUCAUAGACCUGGAAUUGUAAUUGAUUAUCAAAACAAACCCACUAAUGUAGCAGUUGGUGCUGCAAGAGGAAUAAAGAGAAAAAUGAUCCAGCCAUUUAAUAAGCCCGGUGGAACCUUUAUCAAGAAGCCCAAACUAGCAAAACCUGUGGACAAGAUGAACCUCAGCAAAUCACCCACGAAAACGGAUUCUAAAAUGGAAGAAAAAGAAAAACGACGAAUUGAGGCUCGGCGAGAAAAACAAAGGCGCAGAAGAGAAAAAAAUAAUGAGAAAUAUGGAGAUGGAUACAGAACAGCAUUCACGUGUUCAUUUUGUAAAUUUCGAACGUUUGAAGAAAAAGAUAUAGAACUGCACCUGGAAAGUUCUUCACAUCAGGCAACAUUAGAUCAUAUUCAGAAACAAACCAAAUUUGACAAAGUAGUUAUGGAAUUUUUGCAUGAAUGUAUGGUAAAUAAAUUCAAGAGAACGUCUAUCCGAAAACAACAGACAAAUAGUCUAACAGAAGCAGGCAAAAUAAUCGACAAAGAUGCUAUGGAAGGUGUUACUGCAGAUGAUCACAUGAUGAGAGUAGAGACUAUUCACUGUAAUGCCUGCAGUGUAUAUAUCCCUGCUUUACAUAGUUUAAUUCAGCAGCACUUGAAAUCUCCUGAUCAUAUCAAAGCAAAGCAGGCUUAUAAGGAACAAAUAAAAAGAGAGAGUGUGUUGACUGCUACAAGCAUUUUAAACAAUCCAAUAGUGAAGGCACGGUAUGAACGUUUUGUUAAGGGUGAGAAUCCUUUUGAAAUUCAAGAUCAUUCUCAGGAUCAGCUAGGAGAUGAGGAAGAAGAAGAAAAGAUUGAUGAACCUAUUGAAGAAGAGGAUGAUGAAGAGGAGGAAGAAGAGGAGGAAGUGGAGGAAGUGGAAGAAGUAGAGGAAGUUGGAGAAGUAGAGGGAGUAAGGGAAAUAGAGGGAGUGGUGGAGGUAGGGGGAGCUGGAGAAACAGGGACAACUGAGGAAGAUGUGGGAACUGGGGAAGAUAGGGGAGCUGAGGAAAUAGGGGGAACUGGGGAAAUACAGGGAGGUGGAGAAGUAGAGGGGGCUGAGGAGGUAGAGGGAGCGGGAGAAGUAGAGGGGGUAGAGGGAGUGAAGGAAGUAGAGGAAGAAACAGCGAAAGAAGAGCCUGUCAUCUUCUCUGUUGAUCAGACUGAAGAAAAUUAA